GGGUUACAAUGGUUAAAAGUUUUUUGGGAGCUCUCACCUUUUGCCAUUACUUUACAGGCUUCAGAUCAUGAAGGCGUGUUACUGAACAAUCAUUAUUUUAUUUUAUUCAUUUUCCUUUUAUUAAUCCUCAGUUUUGUUUUUGAAAUUUUUAUUAAUCCUCAGUUACUCGUCGAGGAAAUAGGAUCCAAAAAUCUUGCAGCGUCAGUAAAUUCCAGUGUUAAUUCCUUCGGGAAAAAUUAUGGAUUGGUUACCUUUCCUCUGGCUAAUUUUUUCAUUCAUGAACCUCACCCUAUUGGGAUUAAAUUUUUACGAGUUCCUUGGUUUCUCGGAUUUGGAGGCUGACUAUUUGAAUCCCUAUGAAUUAUCAUCUCGUAUCAACUAUGUGAUUGUGCCCGAGUAUUUGUUGCAUGGCGCAUUGUGCGUUCUCUUUCUCAUGACGGGUCAUUGGAUCAUGUUCUUGCUCUCGCUGCCUACUGCAUGCUAUAAUCUCAACCAGUACCUAUCAAACAAACAUCUUGUCGAUGUCACUGAAGUCUUCAAAGUAGUUAAUACUGAGAAGAAAACUCGUCUUAUAAAGCUGGGGUUUUACGUCCUCUUCUUUGGUCUGGUCAUUACAAGGCUUGCGUUGUCUGUUGUACGCGCUGUAUUUGCUGACGAUGAUGAUGUUGUGGCCUGGUCGACUAUAUAUUGAACUUCUUCUGAGGUCUACUCGAUGUUGAUGGUAUGACUUGGUCGAGACUGAGACGAACGCCAGCUGCAACCGAGUCUCUCAAAUUAAUUUAACAUGGUUAGCCUUUUCCUCAUCUCUCUCUCUCUCUCCAUAGAUUAGGGCAAGAACUGAUUUCUGAUCUCUUCAAUGGCCAUUAAAUUUGUUGGUCAUGGCAUAGGUAGCUUGUAAAUUUGAUUGUAUUGUGUUUUUUUGGUGCUUCUCAGAAUAAUAUACCUUGAUUGGCUUUAGUUUGUUAUCAUUGUUGAUCAAUAGUUUAUAUGAGGAUUUGUG